GGGAAGUUCAAUUUGUUAUGGGAAGUGCAUGGUCGGAGCAUUGAAUCACACGUUGGUGGAGAUGUUCCGUCGAGCGCUGGGAAAGACUUUGGGUUUCGUGGGCUACACAAUCCAGUAUGGCUGCAUUGGACACUGUGCCUUUGAGUACAUUGGAGAAUUUGUGGUGUGUUCUGGUCCGUCCAUGGAGCCCACCAUCGUCAACCACGAUGUCGUCUUCUCUGAACGCAUGAGUCGUCAUCUUUGUAAAAUACAAAAGGGUGAUAUAGUAAUUGCAAAGAGUCCAUUUGACCCACAUAUGAACAUUUGUAAAAGGGUAAUUGGAUUGGAAGGUGACAAGGUCUGCACAAGUUCCCCAUCAGAUCUGUUCAAGACCCACACGUAUGUUCCAAAAGGCCACGUAUGGCUAGAAGGGGAUAACCUUAGGAAUUCCUCUGACUCAAGGAGCUAUGGCCCAAUUCCCUAUGCCCUCAUCCGAGGCCGUGUUUGCUUAAAGCUCUGGCCACCGCAUAGUUUUGGGACCCUGAGUGAAAGCCCAACCAAGCGGAUCAUUAAAACUCAGAGUGACUCAGACUGACUCAUCCACUUUGUUUAUACUGUAUAUGUUACCUUCUUUUCAGUCAUUUUUAAAUAAAAGUGAUAUUUAUUUAAAAAAGAAAAAGAAAAAACAGUAUUUUAAUCGU